CUAGGAGCUGGCGGAGAAAGAAGUGUGUAGCGCGGACGGCUAAAGCGCUAAGGAGACAAGUGGCCGAUCGGGGACCGCGAUGUUCUGACCGAGGGUGGCGCGGAGCAGCGAUGCCGCGGCGAGGCGUGCCCGCAGCCAGCCGGCUUUGAGGAGCUCUUGCGCCUGCUCCCGAUCGGAACCGAGGACGCGUUCUGUAUAGUCUUGGGAGGAGGAUGAUGAUCCCGGAACGGAAAGAAGUGGCUUGGAGUCCGGCAGGCAAAGACAAAGACUCAUUUGAAGCUCUGUAUAAGCGAGGUGGCUUGCUGGGAAAGGGUGGCUUUGGUACAGUGUAUGCUGGGCACCGGAUUGCUGAUGGGCUACAGGUUGCAAUCAAACAUGUGGCCAAGAACAAGGUUGCUCAAUGGGUAAAGCAGCCCAAUGGGAAGUCAACACCCCUGGAGGUGGUGCUGAUGAAGCUGGUGUGCUCGGGAGCUGGGCAUCGCAAUGUGAUUCGCCUCUUGGAUUGGUAUGAAACUCCUGAGGGCUUUUUCCUGGUCCUGGAGAGGCCAGAGCACUGCCAGGAUCUCUUUGACUACAUAACUGAGCAAGGACCCCUGCCCGAGAAGCUCUCUCAGCGAUUUUUCCACCAGGUGGUGGAGGGAGUGUGCCACUGCCAUGCCCAAGGAGUGGUCCACCGGGAUAUCAAGGAUGAGAACAUCUUGGUUGACUUGCGCACCGGCAACGUCAAGCUGAUUGACUUUGGUUCUGGGGCCCUGCUGACAGAUUCUGUUUACACAGAGUUUGAUGGUACUCGUGUGUACAGCCCACCUGAGUGGGUGGAAUGCCAGCAAUACUAUGCUCUUCCUGCAACUGUCUGGUCCCUGGGAAUCCUGCUCUACGACAUGGUGUGUGGGGACAUUCCCUUUGAACGGGACGAUGAGAUUCUGGCUGCCAGCGUGGAGUUUCGCACCCCAGUCUCUGCCGACUGCCGGGACCUCAUCCAGUGGUGCUUGUCUCCAGUGCCUUCUGAGCGGCCAACGCUGGAACAGGUGCUCUUGCAUUCAUGGCUAAAACUUGACCCGCUUCUUCAGCCCGAAGAACUGCAGAAGCCAGCCCCCUCCCGGACCCCCACCUGCAAGAGCAGCUGAGCGCCUGAACCUCCCUAUGGCCUCCUCCCCUUCCGCGAUGGGGCGGGGAAUGCUGGUGACUCUUGUCACUGCCCGAGAAAGCGUUGGCCUGGUUCUACAGGCAUUUUCCCCUCCCACUUCACACGAGCUGAGCAGAGCAAGAGGGGAAUGAGAUCUGAGUUGGAACUCCACACAACUACUAUAUGAUGUUUGAAUUCUGGCCAGCCCAGGGACCAGACAUCUCCGUAUGUGUAAAUACUUGUGUAUUGCUAUUUGCCUGAGUGUCCCCAGCUUCUGGAAAGAAGGAGAGUCUGGGGUGGACCUUUGCCUCCCCACAUUAGGCAGAAUGUCCACAUGUGUGUUUGUGUCCUUUUUUUAAAGGAUAUUUUUAGGCAGAAAAAUUUGUGUCAAGCAGCAAUAUCUGCCUGGACAGCUAUUUAAUUAAAAAAAUACAACCUUA